ACCAUCACAAAACAAUACAAUAGAGAUAAAGAGGAAAACAAAAACAAUGAAGAGACAAGUUUGCUCCAGCAUCCUUCUCCUUGGCAUUCUCUUUCUUGUCAUAAGCAUUGCAGAAUCCCAGACCUGCAAGCCUAGCGGCAAGAUAAGAGGUAGAAAGCCUCCUCCAGGACAAUGCAACCAAGAAAACGACUCAGAUUGCUGUGUAGACGGCAAGCUUUACACAACUUACAAAUGUUCACCACCAGUGAGCAGCCAUACAAAAGCAAAGCUAACAGUGAAUAGUUUUGAACCUGGUGGUGAUGGGGGUGCACCAUCUGAGUGUGAUAAUAAAUACCAUUCAGACAAAGAGUUGGUGGUAGCACUUUCUACAGGAUGGUUUAACAACAAGAGUAGGUGCUUGAACUAUAUUACUAUCUACGGAAAUGGGAAAAGCGUCAAGGCCAAAGUAGUUGAUGAAUGUGAUUCUACCAUGGGAUGUGAUUCUGAUCAUGAUUAUCAACCUCCUUGCCCUAACAAUAUAGUGGAUGCCUCCAAAGCAGUUUGGAAUGCAUUGGGAGUCUCUGACCCUGAUGAUGUGGGAGAAAUGGACAUCUACUGGACUGAUGCUUGAGCAGUUGGCUUUGAGGGAGAGGGAUCCCAAUAUACAUAAACCUCUGAUCGAUGUAUUUUCUGUUUCUCAUGUAAUAGUUUCUUGUUUACAGAUCCAUACAUGUAUUUUAUAUUUGCACCAUAUUAAUGCAUUACUGUGUAAAUUUUAUACGUAAAGAAUCAAAUAUAAUAUUAAAGCAUGAUGAAACCAAAAAUGUCUUCCGGCUUCUGUAA